AUGACCGAUACAUCCAACCAUCGACAAGACGUGCUUAACAAAACGGCCAGUCAAUUGACAUUGGAAGGCCAUCAAAUGCAAGCCAAAGCUUCCGACAAGUUGCAUGAAAGUGUUGAUAAGGCCAACGAUUUGAUCUCGUUUCUCACCCGCGUUUGCCGAAAUGUGACCUACCCUGUCGUCGACAAGUUCAAUGCGAUGUGCCAGCGAUAUCCCAGUGUGCGUUACGGCGCCAUGAUGCUGACCACGCUUUCGUCGUUGCCUGUGCUCACCUUUGCCACCAUGGCUAUCGUAACCCUCCUAGGACUGGUUGCCGCCGCCACCGUUACUGUAUCUGUCUUCCAAGCCGGCGCGCUGAUGCUUGGGGGAUCCAUUCUGUUGCCCAUCCUUGGCUUGGCACUUGUUACCACCGUCGUGUUGAUCGGUGCCUUGUUUGGUGCAUGGUAUUUCACCAAAGGUAUGAAAUCCGUCUCCUCCACCAUGCGCUAUUUCUUGACAGGCGUCUCCGAGGAAACCAAAAAAGAUACCAAUGCCAUUCGCCAAGGCAUUCACGAGGGUCACCAACGUUACGACGCAAGCAGAGCUCACGAAGACAUCAAAAGUUCUUAG